CAAGUUGCACCCACUUCUUCAUCAUCAUCAUCAACAGCAGCAGCAGCAGGAUUCAACAGGUAUUCUAGCAAUGGCCGGUGAAGCUGGGACAGGAGACUGUCUUGCUUGGGCAGCAAGGGAUGCAUCUGGAACUCUUUCCCCCUAUAGGUUCACACGCAGAGCUCUUAGAGGAGACGAUGUUUCUCUGAGAAUUACACACUGUGGAGUCUGUUAUGCCGAUGUUCUUUGGACUAGAAAUAAGAUUGGAGACUCCAAGUAUCCAUUGGUGCCUGGGCACGAGAUUGUUGGCGUUGUCACAGCAACUGGUUCUGGCGUUAAAGACUUGAGGGCCGGCGAUCAUGUUGGAGUUGGGACUUACGUGAAUUCGUGCAGGGAAUGCGUGUAUUGCAAUGAAUUCUGUGAAGUCUUUUGCUCCAAAGGAGCAACCUUUACGUUCAAUGGCAUGGAUUCAGAUGGCACGGUCACAAAGGGGGGUUAUUCCAGCUACAUCGUGGUGCAUGAGAGGUACUGCUACAAGAUACCUGAUGGCUAUCCCCCAGAUAGGGCUGCUCCUCUGCUGUGUGCAGGGAUCACAGUGUAUUCUCCCAUGAUGCGGCACAGGAUGAACCAACCUGGGAAAUCUCUUGGGGUCAUUGGAUUGGGUGGCCUCGGCCACUUGGCUGUGAAGUUUGGGAAAGCUUUCGGCUUGCAGGUUACAGUCUUCAGCACCAGCGAGUCCAAGAGAGGGGAAGCUCUAGAUCUUCUUGGAGCUGACAAGUUCGUGAUCUCGUCGAACAAGCAGGAAAUGGAGUCUUUGGCGAAGAGUUUGGACUUCAUAAUCGAUACUGCUUCUGGAGCUCACCCUUUCGAUCCUUACAUGUCGCUCCUAAAGGUUCAUGGGGUCCUGGUCCUUGUAGGAUUCCCCGGCGAAGUGCGAUUGAGUCCUCUAAGCCUUCUUCAUGGUGCCAAAACCAUAUCUGGGAGUGCCACAGGGGGCACCAAAGAGACACAAGAAAUGCUAGACUUCUGUGCAGCAAACAAAGUAUACCCGGAAAUCGAAGUGAUUAAGAUUCAAGACAUAAAUGAGGCACUCGACAGGCUCGUCAACAAAGAUGUGAAGUACCGCUUCGUGAUCGACAUUGCAAACUCUCUCGACUAGCUCGAUCUAGCAGCUUGAGCUUGCGUUCAUCGCCUUGUGCUUGAUAUGAUAUAACAGAGCACUGCAUGUUUCGUGGAAGAUGUGACUUCUUGUUAAUGGUGUCAUUGUAUCUUCCCGAGUCUAUCAAAGUCAACACAACAGGCAAUCAUAUGGACAUAUCGUGAUACAUUUCAAGCUAAAACACACGUUCAAAUCAAAUGGAAUUCCAAGCUUGCAAUUUUUGUAUC